UCUCAAUUGUUCAUUUCUCAUCACCAUUCUUACUAUCAAAAACACUUUUGCUCCCUUUUUUCAUCUUUUCAUUUUCUUCACAUCUUAUUAGUUUCAAUUUUAAUUUCAAAAAAUGGCCACUGUUGAGGUUCAAUCCACACCAGCAACAGAAGUAGGAACUGUUCCAGCUGAAAUCGAGGCGAAAAUCACACCAGAGGCAAUCAAAAUUGAGGAAGUAGCCCCAGUUGCAGAAGAAACCGCUUUAGUUGAAGAAAAAGCGGUCCCUACUGUGGAAGAUACUGUGAUCGAACCAGCACCAGCACCAGCACCCGAAGAAGAGAAAUCAGCCCCAGCUGUUGAGGAAGCAGUGGCUGAAGAAAAAACAGAGGACUCUGUUUUAACAGAGGAAACAGUGACUGCAGAGCCAGAAGUUGUUGAUGAUGAAAAAGUUGAAGUGAAGACUGAGGCAAAAGAAGAAGAGGAAAAAGUUGUUGAUGCAUCAGCUGUUGAACAAGUUGAGAAGACUGAAGAGUAAAACUGAUUUUGACUCUUUUUAUGAUGAAAAAGGAUGGUGAAUAAUGUGGGGUGGGGGAUGGGGGGUGCGGGGGGGGGGGUGAUGUUUUAAUAUUUUAAGUUAAGGUUUUAUAUAUUUAUUAUUAGUAGUAUUUAGUAUGAUAACUAGAAUGAAGGAAUAUGUUUGUUGUAAUGCAUAUAUCCUUGUGUCUUUGGUCUAUGGUUUGUGGUUUGGGGGUGGGGGUGUUGAGUCUAUCUUUGAAUAAUAAAAGGAUUAGUAUAUCUUUUUGCCUAUUUAUGUUUUUUCUUCUCUUUUCUUUCUAAUAAACGGUGAUAUCCAGACCAACUUGUUUUA